AGAAAAGGUUCUGACAAGAACUGCUUGAACAUCAGCGUUUCUUUGAAAAUUCUCCGUAUAGGUAAGUUUUAUCUGUAACCAUUUUACUCCCCCCCCCCCAAAUCCAUCGUACAUGCACUUGUGCUAGCAAGGAAAAUUUUAUGCCCUGUUUUAGUUUUCAAUGCUAAUAAAACUAUAAUGACUAUAUUAAGAAGGACAGAGUAGAUGUGCAGUGUACAUGCAUAAGUUGAUUCACUGAACUGAACAGUUACCAGAUUUAGCAUUGCGUAAAAUUCUCAGUCAUAUACCAAGUAUAAAUGCUACAAAAUAUAGCCGAGGAGCCUGAAAAAGCCAUACUAAAGGCGGAUUUCCAGUCCUCGCACGAAGCUCCUCGCAACUCGCUGCGAGUGCUUGCAUCUAAUUAAAAUUAACUGUCUAGCAUUGUGAUUGGAUGAAAGUGCUCAUGCAUGCACUCGCAGCAAGCUGCGAGGAGCUUCGUGCGAGGACUGGAAAUCCGCCUUAAGACAUAUUAGACUGUAUCUGAAACAGAAACAUAGAACAAACCUCAAAUGAAAUUAUUAAUUAAAGGGCGAUUGCGUCAUGUGAUUUUCAAAGCUAGGGCCACAUGUAGUACUGUUUUUUUAACAAAACCAUAACCGCUAAAAUAGUACUGUUUGGCCACAACCGAUUAUAUAGUACUGUUUUAUUUAUUGGCUUUUAUAUACGACUAAUUCAUAAAAGGUUGUCCUUUGCAAACCUUAAACUCUAAACUUUAAACCUUAAUCUCUAAGCGUUCAAAACCUAUAUAAUGGGAGCAUCAUUUAUCAGUGUAGAAAUCAUAUAUGGGGUUCAUUUCGUGGAGACAUGCAGGGACAAAUAUCUUCUUACGAGAACAAUUCAUACACAAAUAGCUGCAAUAUUCAACCACUAAGCUUGAAACUUGUGCUCCCAUUAAGCUUUGCGCGCCUAGAGUUCAAGGUUUAAGGUUUGCAAAGGACAACGUAGCGCAUCCAGAAUUUCGAAGUGAUCCGUAUUACUAUAGUUGUUUAUUUCGAAGUGAUCCAUAUUACAUAGUAGAUGUUAUUGAUGGAGUUUGCAUGUUCGUUCCAAAAUGGAACCUGGAGGAUGUUAGUCAAGUACUUUUUCCUUUGUAUAUUUUUUGUUUAUUUUUGGUUGACAAACGAAUUAACAGUAAGGUAUUUCAGAUAAAAAAUUUACCAUGAUCGAAGUCACAUAUUUAUAGUUUUUUUUUUAUACAUGGAAAGAGUUAUUUAAUAAGUUUUUCUUCGCGAGAGGGCCAUCUUAGCAGUCGACGACACUGCACGUUACCGACCGCUCAGGAACCAAUGCUAUGUUGAAAUUCAUGCUGAUAUAUCUUAAAAAUAAAUAAAAGUCCACUUGGUAAAUAUAGUAAAUAUACCAGAUUCACAGAAAACCCAACAUGCGGCGAUUUAUAUUUUAUACAAUCAUCUUUCGCCGUUUCAGAUAUAUUGAAGGAAAUCGUGGUUAUAUAUUAUUGAAGAUGAGAUAUUGUGUGCUGUCAUGCUUGAUAUUCCUGGCCGCGGUUGUAGUUCCAGGUUUGUAAAGUAAAACAUUAGGCUAGGGAAAGUGGGGACAUGAUUUCAUUGCGGUAUAUGAAUAAAAAUAAUUAUUUUAUUAGUAGACCAAAUUAUACCAGUAGGUACGGAGUAGAUCAAAAUAUACAAUGGAGUACAAUUUCCCCAUAACCCUGGUAUUUGCAGAUGGGCACUUUGUACUUUAAAGGUCCAGACACACCGGACUCGAUUCGACAACGCAAAGCGACUUUUAGUUUUUUUAAAAAAGUUAAUAAAACAGCCAAUGAGAGCAAAUUUUAAAAGAUAUAUAUGUAAACCAAAUAACUCAAAAUGUUAUAAUUCUUCUAAAUAAUUGGAAAAUAGUUAAACUAGUAUCAAAGUUAUCGGUCUGUAAAAAUCGAAAAAUCGCGUCGCAUUGUCGAAUCGCGUCCAUUGUGUCCGGACCUUUAGGCCUCAAAGAGCAAGGCUCAUGCACUCUUUGAAAGUAAAAUAAUCUGGCAUUAAGCCGAAAUUGAAAAAAUAAUAGUCGUUAAGAGUUAACCCAUUAAAGCCCAAAACUCUCCCCUUGACGAGUAAAAUCGUCUGGCGUAAGACAGAGCAAAAUAAUAAAUUAGGGUGUAUUUGGGAGCAUUGCGGUUCAAUGGGUUAACAAGACAAUAGAUAGAUGCUCUUCGCACAGAACAAAAUGAAUCAUUGCGUUUUUCCCCCAGAGAACCAAAAUAGUUCCUCGGCCGUCAAAUGGCUUGCAACAUGUACGCACUGCGUACCAAUUGGUUGUGGUCAAAAUAUUUGGAGAAAUAAGCAACAGUUGAAAAAAUUUACUAGAUUUAGCCACUUAGGCAAGAUUUCCUGCCAACCGGGCUCACAUAUAAUCGACAUAUAAUAUAACUACAUUUCGAAAGUCGUGAGUUACACACAUGAAUUUAAAUUACUAACUGUUUUCAAGCAAUAUAGCCAAAAUUUGAAUCUGAAAUUUAUCUUAGAAACGUUACCAAGGUUUCUACCUUUCUGAAAAUAAUAAAAAAGCCUUCCUAAUAAUUGAAAAAGUGUCAUGUUCUGCAUUUAAAAUACAUUUUAGUCUUAAACGUCAUACAACGAAUAAAAAUGUCCAAAUAUAUGCCUAAAUUGUCUAACUUUAGUGGCUACAAGUGAUCAAAUAUCGUUGCAGCAAAGUGCUAAUGAAUAUUGUGUUGAUGAAAGUGCUCGUAUUAUUAAAUGGCCGCCCCUGCCGCUUCACAUUAGUCCCGACGUCCCUACUCCUCCGCAGACAACUCCGUGCUUUCUGCAGGGUCGAAAGUUGAGUAUUUGACCGAGAUUUACCGCAAUUUAUACCGGGAUUUAACGAAGUUGCAAUUGGAAUGCGCAGGCAUUUUCUUAUACCCCAUGCAUAUUAGUAGAAUCAUAUACGACUAUAGAUAUAUUAAAAGAUUAAAUUCAAUUUCGGAUUUAACGAAGUUGCAAUUAGAAUGCGCAGGCAUUUUCUUAUACCCCAUGCAUAUUAGUAGAAUCAUAUACGACUAUAGAUAUAUUAAAAGAUUAAAUUCAAUUUCUUUCAUACAGUUGAAUCAAGCUGUGGAUGUCGUAUCCAAUUUAAAGCAGUAGGUUGUCGAAAAGACAAGCGUCAUGACCGAGCUUUACCUGAGAUGUUAAUUAAUGAGAGAGAUAGAUACAGUAAUUAUUACAAUAAUAUCGAUGUUGACUGGAAGAACUGGGAUGAAUAUUUACCUGCAUUCACAUGUCGCUGUGCUGAGGCUGCCAUGAAAAAAGGAUACAAAUAUUUUGGACUUCAAUUUUGGGGUAGGUUUAACACUUUAUUAUUUUGGCUACAACUUCUUAGUAUAUGUUCUUACAAUUACACCGGGCUGUUCUACAAUUCCGUUUUCGAGCUUUAUAUAAAAAUUAAUUAAUUAAUUAAUUAAACAUAUAUUAUUAAGGAGUAAAAAAAACUCAAAUGUCACUCUGAAGAUGCAGGAAAUGGCCAUUCUGGACUUCUAAAAUUCAAACUUUUCUGAAGGACCAUGCCCCGGGACCAUCCUAGCCAUUCAGGUAUCCAAUACGCCAUGACUUGUCUCUCGACACUGCCACAGUGGCCAACUCAGUGUCACACUGAGUUGGCCUGUGUUCAUUACCUCACAAUCUGUUACUGUUCAAAUGGGCAGUCUAUUUUCCUACAACCACGCAUUAUCUAUAAAGCAUGCACGUAUACAAUGUCAUCAUAAUUUUCGUCCGAACUGCUUCCAACAAAAUUAAAAACAGCUGAGCCUACAUUUUCAAAAUCAAAUUUCAAGAUAAAGAGAUUAAAAGCAAUGACCGUUCGAAGAUGAGUGCGCCGUGACGUGUACUGCCGAAUUUCUUGUCAACCAAACUCUUCCUUGACGGCCUGGCCCAGUACGCGAACAAGUUUUCAAGUUCAAGACUAGCUUUAAAAAAAGUUUCGUUGUUAAGGAAACAAAUGUUGAGAAUUUUUGUCGUGAAUACGAACCAGUAAAACUUGUUAAGAAAAAUACAUCAAAGAAAACUGAACAUGGAAACUUGGAUCAGUGGCGUAACUCUCAUUGGGUAGGGUUAGUUCAAAAACUAAGGGCCACCGACCGCAGGUAGGAGCCCCCAUCAUCCACGGCCUAUCGCCCAGAAAAUUAGACUGAAACGUAAAAAAUGCAGGUAAAGAAUCAAUUAAAAAAUGCAAAAUUCAUAAUGCUAAAUAAUAAAGCUUCCAUCGACUACGGUAGCUGAUUUUUUAUUCCAUCUCAAAUAAACCAAUUUAUUCUUAUUAGUUGUUAUUUUUCUACAACAGCAGCUGAUUUUUUAUCCAACACAUGUAACAACUAAUAAACUAGGCUUAUUAGUUGUUACGGGUGUAGAUAAAAGGCGGACGGACGGCGGACGUAUGUAAAUAUCAUACAUUAAUCGAUGUUUAAAUGUCAUACAGUAAUCGACGAAAAUAAUAAUGAUGAGUAAGAGAUUGGACAUGAAGGCGUACGGGUUUUGGUUACGUGGAGCUACGGCAUUUUUUGACGUAAGAGUGACGCACGUAAACUCAAAAUGUAACCAAGGCCGGCCAACUCAGAUGAUUUUCAAGGAACAUGAGAACGAAAAGAAGAGGAAAUGCCAACAGAGAGUGUUAGAUGUUGAAAUGGGCUCUUUUACACCCCUUGUUUUCGGAACUAAUGGUGGAAUGGGGAUUGAAUGUCAAAUGUUUCUUAAACAGCUGGCGCAGAAACUGGCAAAAAAAGAUAACGAACGAUAUGCAGUUGUCAUAACGUGGUUGAGAACCAGAAUUUCUUUCGAAAUUCUUAGAUCAGUCCAUGUGAGUGUCAGAGGGUCUAUAUCACCUUUCUAUAGGAAAGAACUUGAAGUUGUGGACGUUUAAAAUUUUAACGUUGUAUUAAUAGAAAUUUUCGAACGAUUUUAUUACCUGAAAGUCCGAGGAACUUAAUUUAAAUUAAUUAAAAAUUAGAUUACUAAAGACGCCUACUUAGAAAAACACACUUAAAAGUGUGUUUUUUUAAGUAGGCGUCUUUAGUAAUCUAAUUUUUAAAAUCUGGUACGUUUUGUGCUUUUUGGAACAAUAAUUUUAGAUUUUUCUAUUGUAAAUUAACUGUAAUAACUAAUAAAUCUUGUACAGCAAAAAGUUGUUUGAAAAAUGUAUAUAUGUGUAACGUCAAGUAAGUUGGGCAGCGUAAAUAUUGGGUAUUCUAUUUUAUGUAUUUGAAGGGCUUAGGGAAGGUUAUAAUUUCGUUUUACAUUUAUAUACAGUGGAAUAGUAAUGUGUAAGCACUCACAUGAAUGGACCUUGGCUACCUGUUAGCCUUUUAGUAAGUAAAACGGGGAUUAUUUUCAUUAUUAAAAACGACAGCAAGUGAAUGUCAUGUAAUAGCCUAAUAAUAUUAAAAUAAUAUUAAAAAUUCAAUGAUAAUUCAAUGAAAUUUAAUUCAAUGAUAUUUAAUUCUAAUAAUAUUUUAAUUCAAUGGCAGUGUUAGGGCAGCUAUAUACAGAAGCACAAAACCUAAGGCGCUGAGAACAAUGGAAGGAAACGUUCUUAAAUGCCGUGAAAAAGUACAUUCCAGUAAGAACUGAUAAGGAUAGCAACUCUCCCCCUUGGAUUGAUAAAGAAGUCCGGGUUCUUAUCCGCAAGAAAUACCGUGCAUUAAAAAACUACCGAAUGAAUAGAUCUGCAACUCGGAAGCGAAAGCUGCGAUCCCUUACUUAACAAACUAAGCGUCUCAUUAGACGGAAACACCAAGAAUAUCUGGCUAAAAUUGAAAGUUCCUUCUCUGUCAACCCAAAGCUGUUCUGGAGCUACCGUAAAGCUAUCCUACGCCACCGAGCAAAUCUGCAUCACGAAAUAACGUUCGACGGAGUUACUGCCAAAUCUGCAAAAGAUAAAGCUACACUUUUCAACGCGCACUUCUCUUGCGUAUUUCGUUCAACUUCCACAGGUUCAAAAUCAGGUAUCUGUGAUCUGCUUCAACCAUUAGAAAUUGAGGAACUUUCCAAUAUAACACUUAAUGCGGAAGACGUUGCGCGAAGUUUGUACAAUCUUGACACAUCCAAAGCGUGUGGCCCCAACGGCAUUCCAACUCAUCUUCUGCUAGAAGGCAGCAUCCAAAUUGCACCCAGCAUUUGUGAACUAUUCAAUCAUUCGCUGCACACCGGUCAGAUCCCUUCUAAAUGGAAAUCUGCCAAUGUUACGCCUAUCCACAAGAAAGAUCGUAAAGAACCAGCCGAAAAUUAUGGACAUAUUUCUUUGCUUCCCAUCCUUGCAAAAGUUCUGGAACGUGGCGUGUGUUUCAGACUUUAUUUACGAUCAUGUCAAACAUCUCAUCACCAAAUUUCAACAUGGUUUCCCUAGACAACGUUCAUGUGUCACUCAGCUCCUAUCUGUUCUUCAUACUAUCGAACAAUCUCUCGAAAUGAACACCCAAACAGACAUCGUUUACCUAGAUUUUGCAAAGGCAUUUGACACUGUUGACCACAAUAUUCUUCUCCACAAACUUAAACACUAUGGCGUAUCAGGACAGUUGUAUGCAUGGUUCGAAGACUAUCUGAGCGGUCGUUGUCAACGAGUUGUGGUAGAUGGAGUUGCGUCUUCCUGGGCACCUGUAACAUCUGGUGUGCCACAAGGAAGUAUCCUAGGACCUGUUCUGUUUGCGAUCUUUAUAAACGAUCUUCCAAAUGUACUACCAGACGAGACCUCGGCAGCAUUGUAUGCAGAUGAUACCAAAGUGUACAAAUCAAUUAAAUCGGAAGAUGACUGUCAAAUUCUGCAACACCGACACGCCUUGACCAGCCUUGAAUGUUGGAGUCAUGAUAACAACCUAGAUUUCGACCAGUCGAAAUGUAAGGUGCUGACCAUCACACGAAAAAGGACUCCCCUCGUGCAUGUCUACCACAUGAAUUCAAAGGAACUCUUGCGUGUGGAUAAAGAGAAAGGCCUUGGUGUUUGCGUCAGUACCAACUUCAGUUGGGAUGUUCACAUCCACACAAUCACGGGUAACGCUAACAAGAUGCUCGGGCUGCUUAAACGAACUUGCCCUCUUUUGAGAGACAAAACAGUACGACGAACGCUGUAUCUCUCGCUUGUUAGAUCUCAGCUAUGUUACGCUAGUGAAGUCUGGUCCCCACACACUGUCAAACUCAAGUCUAGAGUUGAAAGCAUCCAAAGUAGAGCCACCGUGUGGAUACUACAAUCCAAGCAUGGCGAAAUGA